UUGCAGAUACUGUUUAUGCUCAAGCAGCAACAUUACACACUAACUAAAGUUAAAAAAGUGAAAUCACAAUGAACCACGGUAAUGCUUUAGAUUACAGCCCGGAAAGUACUGCAUAAUUACAAUGAAUUUACAGUGUAACUUUCGAUAAUUAUAUUGAACCUAUAAAGUUAGUACGUGUAAGUAUAGGGGAACAAUAUGUAAUAUGUAAAGGAAUAAAGGGGUAACAACCAGGAAAAUAACAAAUUAUUUAUACUGUAAGUAUUUCAGAACUAAGGGGUACUUAUAGUGUUAUGAUAGACAACAGUCUUAUGUUGGGGAGCAAUUUAGCAAGAAAAUGCACUGAUUAAGUUGUUUCAAGGCAAGUAGAAAGAUACGGAGCCCCUAAAGGGACCUUUGCAAAAAAAAAAAAAAAAAAAUUGACAGAGUUUCGCGUGCUCACGAGAAACUGUCGCGUGCUCACGAGAAACUGUCGCGUGCUCACGAGAAAAUAUCGCGUGCUCACGAAAACUAUAGCGUGCUCACGAGAAACUAUCGCGUGCUCACGAGAAACUAUCGCGUGCUCACGAGAAAAUAUCGCGUGCUCACGAAAACUAUAGCGUGCUCACGAAAAACUAUCGCGUGCUCACGAGAAACUAUCGCGUGCUCACGAGAAAAUAUCGCGUGCUCACGAAAACUAUAGCGUGCUCACGAAAAACUAUCGCGUGCUCACGAGAAACUAUCGCGUGCUCACGAAAACUAUAGCGUGCUCACGCGAGAAACUAUCACGUGCUCACGAGAAACUAUCGCGUGUUCACAAAAACUAUCGCGUGCUCACGAAAACUAUAGCGUGCUCACGAGAAACUAUCGCGUGCUCACGAGAAACUGUCGCGUGCUCACGAGAAAAUAUCGCGUGCUCACGAAAACUAUAGCGUGCUCACGAAAAACUAUCGCGUGCUCACGAGAAACUAGUGCACGCGAGUGCUCACGAAAACUAUAGCGUGCUCACGCGAGAAACUAUCACGUGCUCACGAGAAACUAUCGCGUGUUCACAAAAACUAUAGCGUGCUCAUGAAAACUAUCGCGUGCUCACGAGAAACUUUCGCAUGCGCACGAAAAACUAUUGCUCUGUCAAUUUUUUUUUUUUGCAAAGGUCCCUUUAGGGCAGAUGGCAUGAGGGUAAAAGAUGAGUAAACAGUGAGCAGAUUUCCGGGUGUACACUAUUUUUUUUUAAAUACAGAAUAGCAAAUGGGAUUUCCUCUUAAAGGAGCUGUAUGUAGGAUUGUGGCCUAAACUGGUACUGCAAUCACUAUAAAAAUACUGUAGAGCGGUGUAUCCCCUCCCCCUACCCCCUGACUCGAGGUUGCCAGAUGAGCUGCAGGAUUCAGCAGAAACGUAGGCUGCUUCAAUGAGCUUCCAAUGGCAAGUGACGAACAGACGUACACAGUAAGUUUUUUUUUCUGUUAAUUCUGUUUAUGCUUCAUGAGAGAUAUUUUGAUAAGUAAUUAUGUAUUUAAAAAAUGUACUAAUUGUCAUUAGUUAAAUAUAAUCGUAAAGGUUUAUGCUCGUAUGUGACAGACAGAACGGUAACUGUUAGUCUAACUUGUAACGUUAUUUAUCUGUCAUUAAUGUAAGUACAAGCACAAGCCUAUGUCACUGUGUGUAACCAAUAUCAAAGACAGCUAUUCAUUUAGCUGAUGCUAUAAGUGAAAGUGGCCAGCUGUAUUUUUUUACUUACCCUGCAGCACACGUCCAUAACGCUAAAAUAUGUGAUGUGAAAGAUUACAUGACAUUCUAUUAUUUAUCACAGGGUUGUUUUCAGUUCCAUCAGAAAAUAUUGUUAGAGUAACUAAAUUACAUUAGCAAUGGUCAUACAGGUCAACUUGCAGCAUGUGUAACUUAGUCCACAAUAUACGUGAAGAACAAAUGACGAAUCAUUUUUACUGAGGUAACAUUAGGCUACUGUCUCAAUUACGUUUCAAAUUGCCAUAAUGGGCGUGCUAAUGUUGUUUUCCUCAGCGUCUCAGCAUGAUGACAGAGCAUACGUCCAUGUGAGCUAACGUUAUGUUACUUUGCACAAACAUGCAUAACUUUGUUUGACUGUCAUGAAUAUAUGAAAUGUCCAUUGACAUCAAGUACAAGUUAGCCAAGCAUAGAUGAAUCUUACCUGUCCAGGAGAAAAUUAGCAACGUUGGCGUCUGUGUUCAAAUUCUUCUCCGUUUUCAGCCGUCUCCAUCUUUCAAAAGCAUCUCCAAUACAAAUUCUGGUUUUAUUUCGGACUUUGUCACGACGAAUUUGUGAAUUAUAACGAGGUCAUUUUGAUUUAGUAACAUUAGACAUUUUUAUCCGACUGGAGUUAGGGUAGGUUACAGCAAAGCUGGCAACACGGAUCCCGAAACACUACUGACUUCGUGAUUGGUAGAUAGGUGGAGGGAGGCGCGUCAGGCCAAAACACAAAAUGACAACAUCAACAUCAGUUGAGGGCUGCAAGUCCACUUUUUAAAUGACAAUAUCCUGGCCGGACUACUUUUGUCAGUGAUAUAAGUAUUUGAAAUGAACAUGAUUUCUUAAUGUCUAGUGACACAUCAGGGCCAUUUUAUGAUUAAUUGAAAUAGAUUUCUUGCAUACAGCUCCUUUAAGAUUCAUCAGUGGAAAGAAAAAGAAGAAGAGGAACAAGAGGAGGAGACCUAAUGACACUGAAAGAGGCGAGUCAUGAACUUAAUGAAAGGGAAGAAGAGAAAGAACAUUAUAAUGAACAUCAGGAUUUCAUGACUGGAGAAAGAUCGACACAGGCUAAAAAGUCUUCCUUACAAAAAAGAGCUCAAAAGACAGGAAGUAAAAGUUAUUUCACCUGCCAACAGUGUGGAAAGAGUUUUGAUCAACAUAGAAACCUUCAAGUCCACAUGAGAAUUCACACUGGAGAGAAACCUUUCACCUGCCAGCAAUGUGGACAGCGUUUCAGACAUAAAGAUAACCUUAAAAUCCACAUGAGAAUUCACACUGGAGAGAAACCAUUCACCUGCCAACAGUGUGGAAAGAGUUUCAGACAUAAAGGGAACCUUAUAACCCACAUGAGAAUUCACAAUCAAGAGAAGGCUUACACCUGCCAACAGUGUGGAAAGAGUUUCAGACAUAAAGUAAGCCUUGGAGUCCACAUGAGAGUUCACACUGGAGAAAAGCCUUACACCUGCAAACAAUGUGGACAGAGUUUCAGUCAAAAAGGAAGCCUUAUAGGCCAUAUCAGAAUUCAUUCUGGAGAAAAGCCUUACACCUGCCAACAGUGUGGAAAGAGUUUCAGUCAUAAAGGAAGCCUUAUAGCCCACAUGAGAGUUCACACUAGAGAAAAGCCUUACACAUGCCAACAGUGUGGAAAGAAUUUCAGUGAGAAAGGAAGUCUUACAGUCCACAUGAUAACUCACACUGGAGAGAAACCUUACACCUGACAACAGUGUGGAAAGAGUUUCAGUGGAAAAGGAAAGCUUGAAAUCCACAUGAGAAUUCACACUGGAGAGAAGUCUUUCACCCACCAGCAAUGUGGACAGAGUUUCAUUCAAAAAGAACAUCUUAAAAAACGGUGUAAAGGUGUAAAGAGUACCUGAAAACCAUACUUGAGUAAAAGUACAGAUACCUUACAGCAAAAAAUUACUCCAUUACAAGUUACAAGUCACCAAUCUAAUACAACUUGGGUAAAGGUCUUAACUGUACUUAAAGCUGCUGUCUAACUUUUUUGUGUUCAAAAUGUACAAAAAUUAUAUAAUGAGAAUGUACAACAUGAAUCCAUUUUCCAAA